AUGGCCGAGGAGGAGGAAGCGAGCUGGGACCAGACCCUUGAUGAGUGGCUCAUCAGUGAGGGCUACUGCUAUGCCGCCGGCAUGGCCCAGCUCGAGGAUGGCAACUUCUAUGCCGCCGCACCUGUGGCCGACGAGGCUGGAUGGGGCUUCAUCUUCAAGGAGGACCACGAGCAGAUGAUCAUGCAGGAUGACAUGACUGAAAAGAAGAUGACAAUCAACGAGGGAACCGCCUUGAAGUUCCUGGCCGACAACCACAAGGCCCCCCCGACCGGCCUCUGGUUCGGCGGAGAGAAAUAUGCAGUUACUCGCGUGGACAAGAACUUUGAGUCUGGAGAUGCGUCGUUUGUGUUCAUCUUUGCGGCCAAGCCCAAGAAGGGCGUGUCCAUUGCCAUCACCAAGACCCAGGUCAUCUGUGCAUUCUAUGACGAAGAGAAGGGCCAAGUCGGCGGCAACUGCACAAAGGCAGUCGUCGCCUUCGCAGAGUACAUGGCCAUGGCGGAAGAGGAGGAAGCGAGCUGGGACCAGACCCUGGAUGAGUGGCUCAUCAGUGAGGGCUACUGCUAUGCCGCUGGCAUGGCCCAGCUGGAGGAUGGCAACUUCUAUGCCGCAGCACCCGUAGCCGAGGAGGCCGGGUGGGGAUUCAUCUACAAGGAAGAUCACGAGGAGAUGAUCAUGCAGGAUGACAUGACAGAAAAGAAGAUGACCAUCAACGAGGGAACCGCCUUGAAGUUCCUGGCCGACAACCACAAGGCCCCCCCGACCGGCCUCUGGUUCGGCGGAGAGAAGUACGCAGUCACCCGCGUGGACAAGAAUUUCGAGUCGGGAGACGCCUCGUUUGUCUUCAUUUUCGCCGCCAAGCCGAAGAAGGGCGUCUCGAUCGCCAUCACGAAGAGUCAGGUGAUCUGCGGAUUCUACGAUGAAGAGAAGGGCCAAGUGGGCGGCAACUGCACAAAGGCCGUUGUCGCCUUCGCGGAGUACAUGGUCGGCUUGGGCUACUGA